GAGAUGAUCAAAUAAUACCACACAACACAUCCUUCAAAACAAACGCAUUCAAUACUAAAGCAACAAAGGCAAAGCAAUGGAAGCUAUUCCAAGAGAAUCUGGACAAGGAAAUAGAACGACAAGAAGAAUUACACAACACCACUCACAU